CAUUCUGAGAAAGCAGAACAUUACAGAAUGCUGUUGUUUGGUCACAUUCCCGAGAUGGGAAAAACAGAACAGAAGUCACUUGUAGGUCUGAUUUAAAGUGUGAUAGAAAUAAACCUUUUUUCUUUAUCUUCUUUCCCACAGAGGUCAAAGAUUGCAUCAAAGAACAGAGAUCCAAAUCUCAGUAGACUAUGUACCAUGAUGGAUGAUGCCUGACGUAAUGUAGUAGUACCAGCACAAGGAUGUUUUUUGUUCAUGUAAAUGUGGACACUUCUUUAAUCUCCCUUUUGUUGUCCAACACACUUUUUCAUUUUCAUUAAUGAUAUGUUUUUACAGAAAUGUGCUUGUGAUCUUUUUCAAAAGCUUGUCACUUUGCUUAAGUUUCUUUUAGAUGUUUUAUAAACCCCAGCACCAAAUAAAACUAUUUGUACUUGGUAAACAAAGUUUCCAAUACAUUUUUAUAUUCGUCUCCCCGAUGUUAUUGUUAUAGCAGCACCAUAACAAAUCUCAACUUGUCAAUAUAGGAUCAAAAUAUAGAUGGUUGUAUUGAAAUGCUAACUUUCUAUUGCCAUUUAAAAGCUCCACCCUUUCCAGAACUCUGGUAUAUAGACACAGCUCAGAGACACCAGCACAGUGCAUAAGGAGAAGGACACGAACGUGACUUAAACUUCAGAAAGUUAAUUUACAUAGGUGACCAAAUGGCUUGUAGAGAAUCUCUCACAGAGGAGGAUUUCUACUGCCCCAUCUGCUGUGAUAUCUUUAGAGAUCCAGUUCUCCUAGCCUGCUCUCACAGCAUCUGCAAGGGAUGCGUACAAGCCUUCUGGAGCCGGAGAGGGUUUCGAGAGUGUCCCAUCUGCAGAGCUGUCUCCUCCAACCCCGACCCACCCCUAAACAUCAUGCUGAGGAACAUGUGUGUUCUGAUGAGAGAAGAAACAACUCCGGAACCUCCUGUGGAAACGGUGGACUCUUGCAGCCUUCAUGGAGAAACUCUAGCUUACUUCUGCUUCGAAGAUCAAGAACCAGUCUGUGGAAAAUGCAAAAACACCGAACUGCAUAAGAACCAUCGCAUUCGUUCAACAAAGCACGCAUCGCAGGACCUCAGGCGGGAGCGUCACUUGAAACUACAGGCUCUUCACGAGAAACUGGGAGCCUAUAAAGCAUCAAACCAGUCGUGGCAUGAAACAGACGAGUACAUUAAAAGGCAGAGCCAACAGGCCGAAACUCAAAUCAAAGAGGCGUUUGAAAUGCUUCACCAGUUUCUCCAGAAUGACGAGACGGCCAGGAUUACUGCGCUGAGAGAGGAGGAGGAGCAGAAGAGACAGAUCAUUAAAAAGAAGACCGAGGAGAUUAGAUCUGAGAUGUUAUCUCUUUCACGCAUUAUUGAGUCCAUCGAGGAACAGCUAGGGAAGACUGACUUUACAUUUCUUGCGAAUUACAAGGCAACUGUUGAAAGGACACAGUGUACACUGCAGAAUCAAAAAAUCCCCUCAGGAGUGCUGAUCGAUGUCGCAAAGCAUGUGUGUAACAUAACCUUUGAAGUGUCAAAGAAUCUACAACACAUCAUCCGAUACACGCCAGUUACUCUUGAUCCCAACACGGCACAUGCUUAUCUGCUCUUGUCAGAUGAUCUGACCAGUCUCCUUCACACCGGUGAGCUCAACCAGCAGCUUCCAGCGAACCCAGAGAGGUUUGUAGGCUACACAAGCGUUCUUGGUUCUGAAGGCUUCAACUCAGGAUCUCAUUACUGGGACAUCGAGGUAGGAGGCAGCACAGCUUGGGCUGUGGGGGUGAUCACGGAGUCUGCAUACAAGAACCGGAAGAAUCCUUCCAAGACAGGCUUGUGGUAUGUGGGUUACUCUAAUGGUAGAUAUGGGAAGGGCUGUUGUCCUGAGAUUCUGACUGUUCUUCGGGUGAGCCAGAGAAUCCAGGAGAUCAGAGUACAGUUGGACUGGAACAAAGGAAAAGUGAUCUUCACCGAUGUGAGGCGUAAUGUCGGCUUGCAUGUUUUCAAACACACUUUCACAGAGAGAGUUUUUCCGUACUUUUAUAAUCAUUCUCUACAGCCGCUGAGAAUCAUACCAGUAAAGACAUCUGUGAGAACGGACAUUUAGAGCGAAUGCAACAUUGUUUCUAACUGGCGAUAUUUCUAUGAUUCCGUUUUUUGUAUGUAAAUACAAAUUCUCAUUUUUUUUAUUUACGUGUAUUCAUUCAGCAGAUGCUUUUAUGCACAAUUACUUAGAAAUGAACAAACACGACAUCAUGUGAUUUUCAUUAUGGUAAGUGUCACAAUCCAAAGUUUCAGACAUUACGUUACAUUUUUCAACUUUUUUACAAAGUGACUUUUUCUAAUACCCUUUUCUAAUGUUCUUAUAAAAUGUAUGAUAAUAAUAUUUUCGUUCUAUUCACAAAGUGCCCAUACAUAUUAAAAUAGUUAGGAAUUCCCAUGAGAUCAAGCUGAUAACAUACUUGAUAACAAAAGUGCAUUAUGUAUGUCAACUUGGUUUCCGAGGAAGUAUCCUGAAUAUCAUUGUUUUUAUUUGAUGUUCCACUGCAGAUUUUCAGCAAGAUGACAUGAAUCAAUCAAACAACACACCAGUGAUGUAAUAUUGUGGUAAACAGAUAUAUCUGGAUCUUUCAUUUAGAGGAGUGCAGUGUAAUGAACAUUUCUGAUGGCUAGACUGCAAUAUCACUGUAAAUGUGUGACUGAAUAAAAUGAGCAACAUGACAAAAUUUGCAACU